GACACCUCCGCUGCUGUCGGCUAGAGCGCACCCACCAUGCCCACCGCCGUCUUCCGCCUCUCUGUAUUAUUAGUCUCUGUUUUUCAAAUCAUCUCCGCCGCAGGGUCGCACUGGACGGUGAAGUUUCUGCCGGGAUUUGCAGGCCGUCUCCCUUUCGAACUGGAAACCGGUUAUGUGGGUGUUGGAGAUUUGGAGGAAGUGCAAUUGUUUUAUUAUUUUGUGAAAUCAGAAGGAAAUCCGGAGACGGAUCCUCUACUUUUUUGGCUCACCGGUGGUCCCGGUUGCUCUGCUUUAACUGCACUUGCCUUUGAAGUUGGUCCCAUAAAUUUUAAAAUUGAGAGAUACAAUGGGAGCUUACCUCAAAUAAUCUUGAAUCCUUAUUCAUGGACAAAGAAAUCAAGUAUAAUAUUUGUAGAUUUGCCUGUGGGAACGGGAUUUUCAUAUGGUAGGACUCCACAAUCUCUUAAAACAGGAGAUUUUAGUCAAGUUCAUCACUCUAUUCAGUUUUUUAAAAAGUGGUUAAUUCAUCAUCCAGAAUUUAUAUCUAAUCCAUUUUAUGUGGGUGGAGAUUCAUACUCUGGUAUUAUCAUUCCGGUUAUUGCACAAGAAAUUUUAGAAGGUACAUAUAAAUUUGACUCUCCCCAUGUAAAUCUUCAGGGAUACAUAUUGGGAAAUCCAGUCACGAUUCGUAACACAUAUCAAAAUUUUGCAAUUCCUUUUGCUCAUAGAAUGACUCUUAUUUCUGACGAAUUAUUUGAGUCAUUGACCUCUAGUUGCAAGGGAGAAUAUAUACAUAUUGAUCCGAGCAAUGUAGAUUGUUUAAGACAUUAUAACACGUACCAAAAGUGUGUUUCAAAUAUCCAAAAAGCAAGCAUUUUGUUGCCAAAAUGUUCAUUUCAUUCUCCAAAGAAACAAAAAGAUGCAUCCAUUCGAAGAUCUCUAUACAAUACCCCUAAAGUAGUGCUUCUUGAUCCCGAGCCAGCACUUCCUUCUCUCGACUGUCCUACCUAUAAAUUCCUACUUUCAUAUUAUUGGGCGAACCACGAUCAAGUUCGAAAAGCACUUCACAUACGGAAGGGAAGUAUUGGAGAAUGGACAAGAUGUAGGGAUGGGAAAGAUUACAACUUUGAUAUUGAGAGUGCUUUUCCUUACCACGUGAACCUUAGUUCUAAAGGUUACAAGUCUUUAAUCUAUAGUGGGGAUCAUGAUAUGAUUGUAUCGCAUUUGGACACUCAAACAUGGAUUAAGUCUUUAAAUUAUUCCAUUGUUGAGGAUUGGAGACCUUGGUUUAUUGCGGAUCAAGUAGCCGGAUAUACAAGAAGUUAUGCAAAUAAGAUGACAUUUGCCACCAUAAAAGGUGGAGGGCACACAGCAGAAUAUACACAAAAAGAAUGCAGUGUAUUAUUUAGUAGAUGGAUAACUGGAGAACCCUUAUAAAAAAACAUUAUAAUUAAAUGAAACCCCCAUAGUUAAAUAAUUGAUGCGAAGUAAAAUUUGUAGUCAUCGGAUUGCCUCCCAAAGUAAAUACGUUUUUAAAAAAUAUUUUGAUGUUUAUAGCACUACUUGGUGAGAGAUUUAAAAUAUAGAAUUCAUGGGUUUAAAUUCUGUUGAUGGAUAAUGUUGGAAUGCCUUUAAUUUAUUAUUUGGUGUUUCAAAUAACCUAAUACGGAGUCUAAGGACGGUGCACCCUGGUUGAGUUCAUGA